AUGAACCCCGACACACUGAGAGGCAACCGAAAAGCCGAAAAGCAGAAGAGCAGAAGAGCAGAAAAGCAAGAAAUCCCAAUGGCCAUAUUGUUCACGGGCUCGGGCGUCUCCGGCCAACAAGCUGGGAGGGAAGCCGACACGGCGUCGCCGUCAAAUGAGGAUCGAGUCCAGCCGGGAUCCAAGCUCUCUUGGCACGAUGUUCCCCAGCCUUGGCUGUAA